CUCUGCGCCGUCCAGAGUGAUACGUAAGUCGGCAACUUUUUUUUUUCUAAUCUUAUUUUAUUUAUCUGCCUUGUGUCGUCCUUUUCCCCCCUAAUUCUCUUCCGGCUCGUCCCUCUUGUUGUACGUAUUCGGCUGCUAACUUAAAACCAAAGCUCGAUGUCAUAGAAUCCUAACGAUGAAGUCGAGAACUUUUGCGCCGUCAUGGGCGCUCUUCUUUGCGCUGCUCGCUGUUCCCCAACUUGCGACUGCUUUCUACCUCCCCGGCGUCGCGCCUAAAUCAUAUAAACAUGGCGAAAAAGUCCCUCUUUACGUCAACAGCAUUAAGCCUGUUGCUGGCCAAGAUGCGCUUCUACACUCCGUCAUGUCCUAUGACUAUUAUAACGAGAUGUUCCAGUUUUGUCAGCCCGAAGGUGGUCCGUCAUACGUGUCCGAAAGUCUCGGUAGCAUUUUAUUUGGCGAUCGAAUAAUGACUUCACCCUUUGAUCUCAGCAUGCAGAAGAACGAGACAUGCAAGAAGCUAUGCACUUCGAAAUACGACACGGCCGCUGCGCAUUUCGUCAACAAGCGUAUAAUGCAGGGCUACGCCUUGAACUGGCUCGUGGACGGGUUGCCAGCAGGACAGCAUCUCCUCGAUGACCUCACCGGAACUACAUUUUAUAGUCCGGGCUUUGCUAUGGGUACUGUCUCGACUACUGAUCCGAACGGUCCGACCUUCUUUAAUAAUCACUAUGACAUCGUUGUCGAAUACCACAAGGUUAACGGGAAGGAAGACCAGCUGAGGGUGGUGGGUGUAAUUGUUCAACCUGCAUCCAAGGCAUACAAGGGAGGCAAUCUUGACUGCAACGAUAAUCAGACACCGCCUGUUGUCCUUUUGGAAACCGAGAGCGCUCAGACCGAAGUCACAUUUACUUACAGCGUAUACUGGACCGAGUCGCCUACUGCUUGGGCUACACGAUGGGACAAAUAUCUACAUGUUUUCGACCCUAAGAUCCAUUGGUUCUCUCUGGUUAAUUCGGCCGUUGUUGUUAUAUUCUUGACCAUCACGGUAGCCUCGGUUCUCUUCAGGGCUCUCAAGAAAGAUAUCGCGCGAUACAACCGGCUGGAUCAGAUCAACUUGGAGGACUUUUCAGGCGCCACGGAUCUCGAAGACGGUGUCCAGGAAGACUCGGGCUGGAAGUUGGUCCAUGGAGAUGUUUUUAGAACCCCGGCGCACCCUCUGCUCCUCUCCAUCUUCCUCGGUAACGGCGCUCAGUUGUUCGUUAUGACCGGCUUUACUAUUUGUUUCGCCUUGCUAGGUUUCUUAUCGCCGUCUAACCGUGGUUCCCUUGGAACUAUUAUGAUUAUCCUAUACACGCUUCUUAGCUUUGUCGGCGGUUACGUCUCUGCGAGAGUCUAUAAAUCAAUGAACGGCGAGAAGUGGAAGCUGAACAUUGGUCUGACUCCUGUUCUGGUUCCCGGCAUUGUCUUCAUGACAUUCUUCUUCCUUAACCUAUUCCUAUGGGCCAACGGAGCUGCCGGUGCCGUCCCUUUCACCACUAUGCUGGUCAUUAUUGGUAUUUGGUUCAUCAUUUCGAUUCCCCUUUCCGUCUCCGGCUCCUGGCUUGGGUUUCGCGCUCCGACCUUUGAACCUCCUGUCCGAACAAACCAGAUUCCGCGACAGAUCCCUCCCGCUACUACUUACUUAAAACCACUCCCAAGUAUGCUAUUGGUUGGUAUUCUACCGUUCGGUGCCAUCUUCGUCGAGCUGUACUUUAUUAUGAGCUCGAUUUGGUUCAGCAAAAUUUACUACAUGUUCGGCUUCCUCUUCCUCUGCUACGGUCUCAUGAUCAUCACCUGCGCCGCGGUUACGGUUCUGAUGGUGUACUUCUUGCUAUGCGCCGAGAAUUACCAUUGGCAAUGGCGAUCCUUCCUGGCUGCGGGUAUGAGUGCAGGCUAUAUCUUCGCCAACGCCCUAAUAUACCUAAUUAGCAAGUUGUCCCUGGGUGGCUUGUCCGGUACUGUCUUGUAUAUCGGAUAUAGCGCUUUACUUUCCUUCCUUUUCUUUAUCUUAACAGGUUCCAUUGGAUUCUUUUCGAGUUGGUGGUUCGUCAACAAGAUCUACCGCUCCAUCAAGAUCGACUAAAGUAGCACGCUGGGAGAGAAGACGAGCAGGAGAGUCGUAAGGGCGAAUGACUCAGGGUAGCCGCAAUAUCUGUACUAUAUGAAAUGUUGUACGACCAACAUCUUUUUUCUGACGCAUGCCGUCUUCGAAAGUCCGCUUUUUCACGAGGUGGGAUGGGAUUUAACGAGUUGCAUAAAUGUAGCCCUUCGAGUUCCCAAAAGGGCCUGGCGUUCUGGGGGGGCGUUCUUCCUGGUGCAGAAGAGGCUCACGCGAAAACCUGUAGAAUAGAGCCAAAAAAAAAACUUUGUCUGGGUAGUCAAGUUCCGGCGGAGCAGACAGGCAUACGACCCUCCGCGGUGUACUACCUUCCUACGAGGUAUCUAAGUACUUUUCUUAAAAAUUAUGAAUAAAAAGUAUACCUAUGCGUUUCCUAUCA